CGCGGAGAGGGAGAGGGAGGCUGUCGCGCAUUCAGCUCGCUUGUUUUAAAGUUAAUUACAUCUGGGGUUGUGUAAAAUCAGUUUCCAGCUCUAUAAAGAAACGCGUUUCGACAGUAAGCCGCCGUGUCUCGGGGGUCGAAGGCGCCACGUUAUUUUAUCCCGUGGUUUUUUAUUAUUAUUUCGCGAUAAACACCAUGGAGGGGGGAUCGGGAGGACAGAGUCGCUCUGGGUAUGAGCGCUUGACUGCAGAGGAGAUGGAUGAGCAGAGGAUACAGAGUGUGGCCUAUCAGUACCUCUGUCACCUGGAGGAGGCAAAGAGGUGGAUGGAAGCCUGUCUGAACGAGGAGCUGCCAGCCCCCACAGAGCUGGAGGAGGGGUUGAGGAACGGGGUGCUGCUGGCGAAGCUGGGGCACUGCUUCGCUCCGCACGUCGUCCCGCUCAAGAAGAUUUACGACUGUCGGCAAGAGCGCUACAAGGCAGCUGGGCUCCAUUUCCGACACACAGACAACAUCAACCACUGGCGCAAUGCCAUGGCUCAAGUGGGACUGCCUUCGAUCUUUCACCCGGAGACUACAGAUAUCUACGAUAAGAAGAACAUGCCCCGGGCUGUCUACUGCAUCCACGCUCUCAGCCUGUACCUGUUUAGACUCGGGCUGGCUCCACAGAUUCAGGACCUCUAUGGGAAGGUGAAGUUUACAGAGGAAGAAAUUAACAACAUGAAGAGGGAGCUGGAUAAAUAUGGGAUCCAGCUGCCUGCCUUCAGUAAGAUCGGAGGGAUCCUGGCCGGCGAGCUCUCCAACACUGAAUUGAGCGCAGAAAUCAUUCCCAAUCUCAUGGAAAGCAGCAGCAGCAAUGAGACGCAGAAAUCCACUGGCACUAACAGGGCCUCUCGUCUCCACCCUUUGUGA